AUGGAUUCAUCGUAUUCAGAGCGCGCUGCCAAGCGAGUUCGACAAGCCUGUGAGCCCUGCAGAAGGAAAAAGGCGAAAUGUCCUGGAGAGCAGCCGGUCUGCUCAUUGUGUGCUAGAUUAAAACAGCAGUGCGUAUAUGCUGAAUUUAAACGGCGUCAUGCGCCACCGGAGGACCAAUCGAGGUCAAGUGCUCCGCCCUCAUCCUCUUCUCAAACACUUGAGGAUAGGUUGCGUAGCUUAGAAGGCAAGCUUGGGGCAGUACUUGACCAUCUGGGAAAUACAACCGAAUCUUCGGUAUCAAACGACGUUCCUGCAGCGACACCAUCAGGAAUGAACCAAUCCACCAUUCUCCCGCCGUGGGAAGAAAUCUUUCCAAUAGCAGAACUUUACCUGCUGUAUUGCGAAUCUCAGCCCUUGCCUCUAUUCCACAGAAGCAGCUUCAUUGCUAAUCUCAAACAGCGCGAUGUUGAGAUUAUAUAUGCGAUUCUGGCCCUGAGUCUCCGGUUCUCAGAUUCAUACCGCAAUUAUCCUGACCUGACGGGGUUAGUCAACAGCUAUGCUGAAGUGGCCCGGGGUCUAGUCAUGAAGCGAGUCUCGGAGGGGCCAGUCGAGAUUUCAACUUUACAGUGCCUGUGCCUUUUGAGUUUGGUUGAUUUUACAAAUGGCAAUACGCAUCGCUCCAGCAUCCACAGCAGUCUGGCAAUGAACCUUGCACGGUGCGCCAACCUUGGCCUGGAGUCCCGUGCAUUGACAAAUAACAUCCUUCGCGAAGAACGAAGGCGAUGCUUUUGGAGUAUAUGCCUUCUGAAACGACUCCACGGUGGCGAAUUCUCAAUUCUAGAUCUCCCAGAUAUAGGGGGCCCGCCAUAUCCUCAGAGCCCAACUCGACCGGCCCGCGCUAUCUCUCCGGGCCCCCCGACCCCGGGAGUCCGCAGGAGCGAGCUACAGGACCAAGGCAUUGUUGCAUAUGUCAUCAUGCUAAGUGAAGCGUUUGGCCGAACAGCACGAUAUGUACGGCAUCGGGGACGACCGGGUAAUGUACCGCCAUGGUCGCCUGACUCGGAGUACUCUAAGAUCAUUGCGCUGCAGAUGCAAUUGGAAACUUGCAUGCCACUCAUACACCGCUUCAAACCGGCAAAUCUCAGCGACAGAUCUUUAGAGGAAUUGCAGGCCCACAGAGAGUACUGGGGCCCAUGGUUUUUAAACCAAUUCAUGUACCACACUAUUCUCUGCCUCCUCAACCAUCCCCUGCUGCUGUCUCUGAGUUUGCGUACGUUUCGGAAUACCAUCCCCGAAAUAUUUUUGCAACAUACUUCGGAUCUCAUCUCCUCGCAUACGACUUGGAUUAUCCACUUCAUCAAUUAUUUUGAAGAGAGAUCCUUCUUGGUGUCAGAUCCAUUGCUGGGAUACAGCGCUGCCGUCGUGGCUACUAUAGAGCUUCAGUUAAGCUUCACAGACAACUCGGCUAUUAGAGAGCAGAAGCGAGACAGGUUUACGAAAUGUGUUAAUUUCGUACAACGAAUUGGCGAGAGAUGGCCCCAUAUGGCUCGCUUGGCGGAGAGACUACAACAUUUGGAGAAUGCUGUUUCAGCUACCUACGAAUCCGACCUGGGGGUCCAAAACCAAAGUCUUCUGAUUGAUCUUUCCCGCUUCUGGGAAAUCCUUGAGUAUUCAUCCAACAGCGAUGUCGAUUCUGCUAGGCGUCUUUUCGGAGAUUCGCUAUACAAUGGACCACCAUCUGUGGCAACGGAAGUGUCACAGACUUCCCCUUUACCGGCACCGACUCGCUUGACUGAACAGGAGGAAUCAUCUUCAACUUUUCAAUCUCCAAACUUCAAUACCAACACCGCCUUUCCCAAUGGCCCGGAAUACCCCACAAACUCACUGGUGGCGCCGCAGCAACUGGCUUUGUCAAACGAUGACUUUUCUAUCCUUGCUACGAACUUCUUUUCUCAGGGACAAGAGUUUCUUCGAGGUGGUGAUAGUUGGGAAAAUAUUGGGAAUUUCUAA